CCACAGCCGCGACAGCUCGAAACGCGUGUCGUUGUGCUGCGUCCGUUUCUCUGUCUCUUGGUAACGUAUCUACUCUCUGAAAGGGAAGCAUUGACAGGAAAGUCGCGCGUCGAGGCUCGAAAUUCGUGCGCUGUUCGGUGUCGUCGCUACACCGGGACCGAUAUUCGUGUUUUAUUCAAAAGCCGAACAACAUCGGGGGUCGGGGUGGUGAAUUCUCUUUGCUUUCCGGCGGAGAGAAGAGCGCGCGAUUCGGAUCGCGAACAGAGAACGAGACGUUCGUUCUGUAUCCGCGAGGUGGUGGGCAAUGAUAACAGGAGGCAACGUUCGGGAGGGGGAGACCUCUGCUGACAGUGUCAUCGUCGCAGGAUUCUGAGUUACUGGAAAAAAGAUUUCGAGGAAUUAUCGUCGAUUAACGUCGUAUACCGGUGCGUGCGGUGAGCUCGUGCCAGGAGCUAAAAACACAGAGUUUCGUCGAACCUGAAAAAUUCGAGGUAGACAGUGAAUCGGAUCGUGUUAGUAAUAUACUACGUGUUUCGUGGUACGUUUUUCGCUCGAUUCGAGAAUUUAUACGGCGGGGACUUGCAGGAGGCUGUUCGGUGAUACCCAGCAACGUUUGCAGGUGCCAGGACAUUCGGGGGUGGUGCCGGUUACGCGCUUCUGUUCCCGACUCGUACGCGACACUAUCACGAGCGUUCUGGGGGAAGAGACGCCUUCGACAUUCGCACCUGGACAUUCGCGUGGUGUCAGCACUCAUGCUUUAGUAAAACAGCGAAGAAACUGAGAGAGGAGCGGACAAGAGGCAGCACGAUGUGGCGUAUACUCGUGGUCGCGGUCCUGCUGGUGACCACGGUGUCGGUGGGCGGCGAUAAAGUGGUGGUUCUGCCUCAUGACGUCUACCCGGGCUACGAAGUGACGCUAUUCAACACGAAACGGCCAUCGAACUUUCAUCUAAUGGAGAACAAUUUUUCCAAGUUCUUCACCGUGCUCGGGAACGGUCUGGUGAUGACCACGUCCGAUUUAUCGCCGUUGGUCGAUCGACCAGUCAACCUUAUCGUACUGGAGGAACUGGCCAACAGCACCGAAACGCAUUUCCUUCAUCUCUACGUAAUUAACCGCAGAAAUAUGAUCACCUUCUCGCACGAUCACUUGGGCGAGGGAGAGGUUGCAGAGAAUUCUGCUGCGGGCACCUUGAUCGACGGUUUCCCUGUUCUAAGGGCUCGAGGGAGCUUUCCGGUUCAUUAUACCAUUCUGCCGGACGAGACAGGCGACAGACCGUUCGCCUUGAAAGAGGAGGAUUCGAAUCAAACGGGAUUCAACUUGACGUUGAACAGCCAAAAGGAGGGCGUCAGAGUGGUGACCGCAAAACCUCUGGAUCGAGAGACUAAGAAGCUUUACACGGUCGUGAUCCACGCUUCUGACGGCUAUCUGCUCAGCAGUUCGCAAAUCAACGGCCUGGUGCACGUGCUGGACGAGAAUGACAACAGUCCCGUGUUCGAAAAGGAGCAGUACACGUUCGAGAUCAGACCGAUCAGCUCGGACGGUAUUAACAAGAACUCGGUCGCUCUUCCUGGCUGGAAACGAUUCUCCACCGUGGGCAAGGUGGCGGCGAAGGACGCUGACGGUGACAAAGUCGCGUACAAAUUGCUUACACCGAGCAGCCUACUGGUGGUCGUGCCACAGACCGGAGAACUGAUGCUCGUUGGCGAACCGGAAAUUACCAUGGAGGAGGACAGCGAAUGCGUGGUGAUCGUGGAGGCCCACGAUGUGCGCAGUCCGAGUCGAUCGACAGAGAAACCGGCCAAGGUUGUCGUAAGAUUUUUAACGUCCGAUCAGACGGAGGUGGAGGUACAUAGAAUACAGAAGAGAAGGGUAACGAGAGCUGUUAGGCCUACGAAGAAGGUGGACUUUACGGAAGCGGACGGUGACAUCGAAGGAAAAAUCGCGUUCUAUCUGGAAAAGGAGAAUGAGAAAGAGACGUACAAGAUUAGGGAUGAGAAUAAGUGGGUCACGGUAGACUCGAAUGGUUCGGUUAUAGUCAAACAGAAAUGGGAUUACGAGGAGCUGGGGUCGGAAAAGACCAUUGAUUUUUGGGUGACUAUUACGAACACAGAACGGUGUUCGCGGUAUCCAUCGUACAUGCGGUGCCCAUUCCACGACACGGACAAUCAGCGUGUCAUUAUCAACGUGAAGGACGUUAACGACGAGCCACCGUACUUCAUAAAUCGGCCUCUACCAAUGCAAACGGUCGUACAGUUGAAUGCACCGCCGAAUACUCACGUGUUUACCCUUCAAGCCAGGGAUCCUGACACCGACAGCAAUAUUCACUAUUUCAUCGUACGAGAUCGAACCGGAGGCCGUUUCGAGGUAGAUGAGCGAUCCGGCGUUGUACGCACCCGAGGGACCGAUCUUUUUCAGCUGGACAUGGAAUACGUUCUGUACGUGAAAGCGGAGGAUCAGAACGGCCGUAUAGAUGAGAGGCGUUUUCAGUCGACUCCUGAGGAGCGUUUAUCGAUCGUAGGUGGAAAACGCGCGCCGCAGUUCUAUAUGACGGCGUAUGAAGCUGAAAUACCGGAAAACCAGAAGAAGGAUUCCGAUAUCAUAUCGGUGAAAGCAAAAUCAUUCGCCGAUCGUGAAAUUCGGUACACGCUGAAGGCACAAGGACAAGGUGCAGCGGGAACGUUCAAUAUCGGGCCAACCACUGGCAUUGUGAAAUUGGCGAAAGAAUUAGACUUCGAAGAUCUACGUCAACCACACAUUUAUUCUCUUAGUGUCACAGCUACCGAAGAUUCUGGUGGUUUCUCCACGUCAGUUGAGUUAACCAUACGGGUUUCGGAUGUAAAUGAUAACGCACCGAAAUUCGAAUUGCCUGAUUAUCAAGCACACAACGUGGACGAGGACAUAUCGUUAGGCACAAGUAUACUGAAAGUGAAAGCAACCGACGCGGAUUCUGGUGCAAACGCGGAAAUAGAGUAUCUGGUGUCGGACGACCACUUCAGCGUGGACUCGAGUGGGAUCAUUGUUAACAAUAAACAGCUGGACGCUGAUAACAACAAUGCUUACUACGAAUUCGUAGUUACCGCCAAAGACAAAGGUGAACCACCGAAAACUGGCACGGCGACAGUGCGCAUAUAUACGAAGAACAAGAACGACGAGGAGCCAAAGUUUUCGCAGCAGGUGUACACGCCAAACGUGGACGAGAACGCCGGACCUAACACGCUGGUCACAACUGUCGUCGCUUCCGACAAGGACGGCGACAAUGUUCGGUUCCGAUUCGUCGGUGGUAAUACCACAUCCGGUCAGUUCGUAAUCGAGGAGAUCACCGGUGUGAUUCGUCUCCAUGGAAAAGCGAUCUCUUUGGAUAGAGAUAAAUACGAGCUGAACGUGACUGCUCUCGACGACGGUGCUUGUUGCCCCAAUGGAGAAACCACUACACACACCAGCACAGCUGUUGUCGUGGUCUUCAUUACUGACGUGAACGAUAACAAACCAGUUUUCAAGGAAUGCAGCAUGUACAAUCCGAAAGUGGAAGAAGGUGCGCCAAAUGGUAGCACCGUAAUCAAGGUUCAAGCUACUGACGAAGAUAAGGGAGUGAAUGGACAAGUAAAAUACUCGAUCGUACAACAACCGAAUCAGAAGGGAACCAAGUUCACCGUCGACGAAGAGACUGGACAAGUCUUGACGAAUAAGGUAUUUGAUCGUGAAGGCGAUGAUGGCAAAUUUGUAUCAGUUACCGUUAAAGCAACGGAUCAAGGUGAACCUUCCUUGGAAGGUGUUUGUUCCUUCACUGUUGAAAUCACCGAUGUUAAUGAUAACCCACCAUUGUUCGAUCGUCAGCGAUACGUAGAGAAUGUAAAACAGGACGCCAGUAUCGGAACAAACAUUCUUAGAGUAUCGGCAUCGGACGAGGAUGCCGAUAAUAACGGUGCCAUAACGUAUUCGUUGAGCUCUCCUAACAAUGAACAAGGGUUGGAGUACUUUGAGAUUCAACCAGAGUCUGGUUGGAUCGUCUUAAAGAAGCCUCUAGACGAGCAGGUGGGAACGACAUUUUUUGAGCCCCACGUACGGUGUACUUCAACCUCUACGCAUUUUGUGGGCUGUUUUCCACGUGACAGCUAUCGCCUGCGAGUACGGGCCUCCGACAGAGGGAUGCAAGUGUUGCACGCAGACGUGGACGUUGAGUUAGACGUCGUAGACAGAAACAAUAAACCACCUGUGUGGGAUGCGAAUGUAUACGGCCCCAUUCACAUCAAAGAAAAUGUCACAGUGGGUACUGUAGUGACGUCGGUGAAAGCCAGCUCGGGAAUCGACAAUAAUCCAACGGUGUUUUAUCGGCUAAUGCCUGGCUCCACUGCACAGACCAACAAGUUUCACACGUUUUACCUUCAGCAACGAGCCGAGAAGUCUGUCACCUGGGCGGACAUCAAGGUUAACCAUCAGUUGGAUUACGAGAGCAUAAAGGAAUACAAUCUGACUAUACGAGUCGAGAACAAUGGCGCCCAACAACUCGCUUCCGAAGCAACCGUCUAUAUUGUCCUGGAAGACGUUAACGACGAAAUACCUUUGUUCACCGAACGUGAGCAAGAAACUGUACUCGAGGGUGAACCAGUUGGCAGUAAGGUUACUCAAGUCAACGCGAUUGAUAAGGAUGGCACUUUCCCGAACAAUCAGGUGACGUAUUAUGUGGUGGACAGCGACAGGAACGAGGGAAAGGAUUACUUCGAGAUCAACAGAGAAACUGGCGAUAUCUUCACGAAGGUGAUGUUCGAUCGAGAGAAGCAGGGCGCGUACGCAUUGGAAGUGGAAGCCAGGGACGGUGCACCUUCCGCGAGACCCAACAGCAACGGCCAGCCGAAUUCUGUGACGAAAUUCAUUCGUAUUGGAAUAGCUGACAAGAACGACAAUCCGCCUUACUUCGACAAAGGCCUCUACGAGGCUGAAGUAGACGAAAAUGAGGAUAUACAACACACAGUUCUCACUGUCACCGCCAAAGAUCACGACGAGUCCUCGCGUAUUCGAUAUGAGAUUACGAGCGGUAACAUAGGCGGUGCAUUCGCCGUGAAGAAUAUGACUGGCGCCAUUUACGUCGCAGGUGCAUUAGAUUACGAAACGAGGAAAAGGUACGAGCUUCGCCUGACCGCGUCUGAUAACUUGAAAGAAAAUUACACGACGGUCGUGAUACACGUGAAGGAUGUAAACGAUAAUCCGCCUGUCUUCGAGCGCCCGACUUACAAAACGCAGAUCACAGAGGAAGAUGACAGGACUUUGCCUAAACGCGUCCUCGGGGUCACAGCCACUGAUGGGGAUAAGGAUAGGCCACAGAAUAUCGUCUACUUUUUAACCGGUCAGGGUAUCGAUCCUGAUAAUCCAGCGAAUAGCAAAUUCGAUAUCAACCGCACCAGCGGAGAAAUUUACGUUCUAAAGCCACUGGACAGGGAUCAACCAAAUGGGAGACCGCAGUGGCGAUUCACUGUAUUUGCUCAAGAUGAAGGCGGAGAAGGUUUGGUUGGAUAUGCUGACGUUCAAGUGAACCUGAAGGACAUCAACGACAAUGCACCUACGUUCCCACAAGGCAUUUAUUUCGGGAACGUCACGGAAAACGGAACGGCAGGAAUGGUUGUAAUGACCAUGACAGCGGUCGACUAUGACGAUCCGAGCGAAGGUACAAAUGCGAAGCUAAUUUAUUCUAUUGAAAAGAAUGUCAUCGAGGAGGAAACUGGCUCGCCAAUUUUUGAAAUUGAAUCGGAAACCGGUGUGAUAAAGACGGCAGUAUGCUGUUUGGACAGAGAACGCACGCCAGAUUAUUCCAUACAAGUGGUAGCAAUGGAUGGAGGGGGGUUAAAGGGGACGGGGACAGCAUCUAUACGAGUGAAAGAUAUAAACGAUAUGCCUCCGCAAUUCACAAAGGAGGAAUGGUUUACGGAGGUAGACGAAACGGAAGGUCCAGAUUUGCCGGAAAUGCCAAUCCUUACGGUCACUGUACACGACGAGGAUGAGACCAAUAAAUUCCAGUAUAAGGUGAUCGAAAGCAGUGGUUAUGGUGCUGAUAAAUUCACCAUGGUAAGAAAUAACGAUGGCACGGGUUCCUUGAAAAUUGUGCAAUCGUUGGACUACGAGGACCAAUUGCAGAGCAACGGAUUCAGAUUUAGAAUACAAGUUAACGAUAAGGGCGAAGACAAUGACAACGACAAGUAUCACGUUGCCUACUCCUGGGUAGUCGUGAAGCUACGCGACAUAAAUGAUAAUCAACCGCAAUUCGAGAAGGCGAAUAUUGAGACCACGGUUCCUGAAAAUGCUCGCAUUGGAAGCAGUCUCGAAACAUUCACAGCCACCGAUCCUGAUCAGGGUGGUAAAAGCAAAGUGUUCUAUUCGAUCGAUAGAAGUUCCGAUCGUAAGAGGCAAUUUUCGAUCAACGAAAAUGGCACGGUAUCGAUCCAGAGGAGUCUCGACCGCGAAGAAACCCCAAGACAUCAGGUGAAAAUCUUGGCCAUCGACGAUGGAAUUCCGCCUAAAACAGCAACAGCCACGUUAACAGUAAUCGUACACGACAUAAACGAUAAUCCGCCACGAUUUCUGAAAGAUUAUAGACCCGUGCUACAGGAACACUCGCAACAGAAAAAAGUAGUAGAGAUCUCAGCGACGGAUGACGACGAUCGAUCGAAGAGCAAUGGACCACCGUUUACUUUCAGGAUGGAUCCAAAGGCAGACGAUGUGAUUCGUGCCAGUUUCAAAGUUGAAAGCGAUAACAAGGGAGCGAACGGGGAUGGCAUGGCUAUUGUGUCAUCGUUACUAUCGUUUAACAGAGAACAACAAAAGGAGUACUUGAUACCGAUCGUUAUCAAAGACACAGGAACUCCAUCGAUGUCUGGGACCAGUACUUUAACUGUUAUUAUCGGGGAUAUUAACGAUAACAAAAUGCAGCCUGGAUCAAAGGACAUUUUUGUAUAUAACUACGCAGGACAAUCACCAGACACAGAAAUAGGCAGAGUUUACGUAUUCGAUUUGGACGAUUGGGAUUUACCGGAUAAAAAGUUCUACUGGGAGGGUUUAGAGCACGCUCAAUUCAAGCUGGAUGAGGACACCGGUAUGAUUUAUAUGAAAUCAGGCACUCACGACGGUAGAUAUCAUCUACGUUUCAAAGUCUACGAUCGGAAGCACACGCAAACAGAUGUCCCAGCAAACGUGACAGUCACGGUGAAAACAAUUCCUUUCGAAGCUGUAUUAAAUUCUGGUUCGGUUCGAAUAUCUGGUAUAACAGACGAAGAUUUCAUUCGUGUUUGGGAUUAUAAAUCACAAACUAUAUCGCGUAGCAAAGCAGAAUUAUUUAGAGAUAAAUUGGCGCAUUUGUUAAAUAUCGAUAGAGAAAAUGUAGACGUGUUUAGCGUUCAACUACGUAGAAUGCAUCCACCGUUGACAGACGUCAGAUUCGCGGCCCACGGAUCGCCGUAUUAUAAGCCUGUAAGAUUGAAUGGAAUCGUACUAAUGCAUCGUGAAGAAAUCGAGAAAGAGGUCGGUAUUAACAUAACGAUGGUCGGCAUCGACGAGUGUUAUUACGAGAAUGAAGUAUGCGAGGGUAGCUGCACAAACACCUUGGAUAUUAGCAGUUUACCAUACAUGGUCAAUGCAAACAGAACCGCUCUAGUGGGUGUGCGGGUGGAUGUAAUCGCUGAAUGUACAUGCGGAGCUCGGAACUUCAGUAAAGGGGAAUCAUGUAGAAACAGCCCUUGUUAUAACGGAGGUCGUUGCGUGGAAGGCCGAUUUGGAUUAUCAUGUCAGUGUCCUGCUGGAUAUAAUGGUCCAAGAUGUCAGCAAACUGCAAGAAGUUUCCGUGGAAAUGGCUGGGCUUGGUAUCCUGCACUAGAAAUGUGCGAUAACAGUCAUCUGAGCUUCGAAUUUAUCACUAAGAAACCUGACGGAUUACUAUUAUACAAUGGGCCUAUUGUUCCUCCUGAGGCUGACGAAAUUAUGGUUUCUGAUUUUAUAUCCGUUGAACUGGAACGUGGAAUACCUCGACUGUUGAUAGACUUCGGUUCUGGUACUUUAGAGUUAAAAGUGAAACCGAAAAGAACUUUGGACGACGGAGAAUGGCACAGACUCGACAUCUUUUGGAACACGGAGACGGUGAAAUUAAUCAUCGAUUAUUGCAAAUCCGCGGAUAUCUCAGAACCGGAAGACGGCACGCCACCAGAAUUCAACGACACCAGUUGCCAAGCUCAAGGCACCAUACCACCCUUCAACGAAUAUCUAAACGUAAACGCGCCACUUCAAAUCGGUGGUUUAUAUGUCGAGCAAUUCGAUCCAACUCAUUACAAAUGGAAGCAUAUGCCAGUUGGUAAAGGUUUCGAUGGCUGCAUCAAGAACCUCUUUCACAAUAGCAAGCUUUACGAUCUAGCACAUCCUGGAUUAUCAAGAAACAGCGUAGCUGGCUGCCCUCAAACCGAAGAAAUCUGCAACAACCAGGAGUCCACCUUCCGUUGCUGGGAACACGGUACUUGCGUAGGAAGCUUCACCGAAGCUAGAUGCCAAUGUAAUCCAGGAUGGACUGGUCCAGGAUGUAUGACAUCCACUAUACCAACGACAUUCAAACCACAAAGUUAUGUCAAAUACGCGUUGUCGUUCGAACCGGAUAAAUAUUCCACUCAAGUACAACUGAGAUUCCGCACCCGAGAGGUCCAUGGUGAAUUGUUUAGGGUCAGCGAUCAGCAUAAUAGAGAAUACGCUAUUUUGGAGAUAAAGGACAGCAGGCUGCACUUCCGUUACAAUUUGAACAGUCUGAGAACCGAGGAACGAGACAUAUGGCUGACUGCGAUAGCUGUUGAUGAUGGACAGUGGCAUACAGUUAGAGUAUCGAGAUACGGAUCAGCUGCGACUUUGGAAUUGGAUGGUGGUGAAGGAAGAAGAUUCAAUGAAACCUUCUCCUUCGAAGGACACCAGUGGCUGUUGGUUGACAAACAGGAAGGAGUUUUCGCGGGCGGCAAGGCUGAGUACACUGGAGUUCGGACGUUUGAAGUGUACGCGGAUUAUCAGAAAGGAUGUCUCGAUGACAUAAGACUAGAGGGCAAACAUCUUCCAUUACCACCUGCUAUGAAUGGAACACAAUGGGGUCAAGCAACAAUGGCCAGAAAUUUGGAAAGAAAUUGUCCUUCGAAUAAACCCUGUGCCAACGUCAUUUGUCCAGAACCAUUCGAAUGUAUCGAUCUUUGGAACGAAUACGAUUGCACAUGUGGAGAAGGAAGAAUUCCAUCGCCUGAUAGCAAAGGAUGCAUGGACAAAAACGAAUGCAUAGAUUAUCCUUGUUUGAACGGUGGUAGAUGUAUCAAUCAAGAUCCACGCUUUAGAUAUAGAUGUAUUUGUCCCGAUGGUUUCUGGGGAGAAAAUUGCGAGCUUGUUCAAGAGGGACAAACAUUGAAACUCAGUAUGGGAGCUUUGGCAGCUAUUUUAGUUUGUCUUUUGAUUAUUCUUGUUCUCGUCUUAGUAUUUGUCGUCUAUAAUAGAAGAAGAGAAUCUCAUAUUAAGUAUCCUGGACCUGAUGACGAUGUGAGAGAAAAUAUCAUCAACUACGAUGACGAGGGUGGCGGAGAAGAUGACAUGACCGCAUUCGACAUUACCCCGCUUCAAAUUCCUAUUGGUGGCCCGAUUCCAGAAAUGGGCGGGAAGCUACCGCCAUGUAAAAUACCAUACACACUAGGACCAGAACCAAACGUGGGCAUCUUUAUAGAAGAUCACAAGAAAAGAGCUGACAGUGAUCCAAACGCACCACCGUUCGAUGAUCUACGAAAUUAUGCAUACGAGGGUGGCGGAAGCAUCGCAGGCUCAUUGUCAUCGUUAGCUUCCGGAACAGACGACGAGCAGCACGAGUACGAGUACUUAGGUGCUUGGGGACCGAGAUUCGACAAGCUAGCCGACAUGUACGGACCGGCGGAAGAAAGCGAAGAAGAAGACUAAGAAUAUCAUAAAGGAUCUCUACAAUCUGUAAGCUCGCACGAUUUGUACACCCUCGGAGAAACAGUGUUUGCGUGAGCUUAAAAGAGAAGAAGGAAGAAAAGAAAAGAAGAAAAAUGAAGAAAGAGACUAUCUCCUAAAAAAAAAACGUGUGUGCUCGAACGAACUUUCUAUUACGAAGACGAGAGAAAAGGAGACGUACGACAGAAUGAAAGAAACCGUAAAAACCAGUGUUUUUUGCGUUAUUCGAGCAACAAAGACGUUCCGUUUUGUUGAUGAAACAAGUGCACGUUUCCAGGCGCAUAUUUUUUGCGAUGUGCACACGCGAACAAGAACGAGGCGGCCACACGGUGUGCGCGAUUACGAGAAAAUGAAAGAGAGAGAGAGAGAGAGAAUAAUUAACAUCCUCCGAUCGAAAUUUUAUAAAAAUGAAGCUACUCGUCGAUGUUGAUGUCGAUUUCACGAAAAGAGCUUUCUAUCCACUUCCCUCAGCCGUAAAAAAAGAAAAAAUAAACGAACGUUAUCGCAAUAAGAAUCUCUGUCGAAUCAUGGUCAAUCGUCACGACACACCGUAGGUGGCGCAUAACUCUCGAAGGGUGUAAUACCUAUCUGUAUAGCACGUUACGCGUAUACGUAGUGAAUUCGCGCGUGUCAGCCUGCACGCGAGACUUUUCUAUUAUAAUAAAAUAAAUCUAUAUAUAUAUUAUAUAUGUACGAUUCAUUAUUUUUAGUCACAGUCAUAGUUACUAUUUCUCGGUACAACCGUUCUCGAUGUCUCGGUAUUCGAUCGGUUAAAAUUAUCAUCGGCGCGACAGCAUCGGUUCUACUGGAAUUAUAUUCGUGAACACGUUACUACUGCCAGCCGUGCGCGUGAUAGGUCGUUUCUGUUUUACCUCAUCUAGAUUGGGUCAUCAAGUGGCCGUAUAUGAUACUUUCAAGGGCAUUUCUCAUUUAUCCGUCUUCUAAAUCCCACUGAACUUAUUCAUCGUAUUCAGAUGUUAGCUGGCGGGAAUUUUUUCGUUUCUUCCGCGAACGCGCACCGGCUAAUAGGAACUCCCCGUGUAACGUACCAUGAAUUCGUAUAUUGACGUUGUUGAGUAUAAGGGAAGAGAGAUCUUGAGUAAAAUGGUUCAUUCGCGACGCCUUCCUGGUUCGCGCGAUGCGAACGAUCCUAAUGUGGUCUAUCGUAUUAAAAAUAGGGAUUAUUUAAGAGAGAACGAGAGAACGAGAGAGAGGGAGAGAGAGAGAGCGAGAGAGAGAGAGCGCGCGCGAGAGAGAGAGAGAGAGAAAGAGAGAGACACGUUUAGUUGUUGUUCGCGAGUCGUGAACCAUCCUCAUCGUUGUCAUUUUCGCCGUCACUGUCACCCGCAUUAGUUAUUGAUAGUAUUAUUAUUGACAUUACGAUAAAUAUAUAUAUUAUAAAUAUGGAUUUAUAUAAAUAAAUAAAUGAAUAAAUAUAAAUAAAUAAAUAUAUAUAUAUAUAUAUAGAAAGAGAGUUAAAGAAGAGAGAAGCGCACGGCGGAAGACAAAGGGUACUGCAACGUGUGCGGCGAAUGAAAGUCCGCAUAAACAAAUUGAGAAUUACCGCGCGCGUAUGUAAUUAUAAUUAUAAUAUUAUAUAGCGGUAUAAAUAUAAAUAUGAAUAUAAAUAUAUAUACAUAUAUAUAUAUUAUAUAUAAAUGAAAGAAUCGCAUACAAACGAAAACACAUUGAAAAGAAGAUUAAAAAGACAAAAAUUAACAAAAAAAAAAAAAGAGAAAAACAGAGAAAGGAAGAGAAAAGAACCGUAAUGGUACGAUACGAGGGGCCGGUUGUCGAGAAAAGCUCACGAUUCAAGUCUCGACGUAGGAUUAAUAUUUAUUUUCUGUCGAUGGUCGAACCGGCCAACAAGUUGCGAUUACAUGAAAGAAAACAAUGGAAUGCAAAAGUACAGAAAAAAAAGAAAAAAGAAGAAAAAUGAGAAAAAUGAGAAGGAAAAAGAAUGGAAAGAAGAAAAAGCGGAGGAACGAGGGAAGAGAAUAAUCGGCGAGCGUGCGAAAAAGGAAAUGACGCGAAAAGUCCCUUCUACGUCGCAGCAUUGAUGGCGAGUUCGAUACCGCAAAUGAUUUCGUUGCUCGAUCAAUGCCCGUGAUCGAUCGUAAGCGAAAAAUCGUUUAUGCUACGACGAUAAUAAGGAUAGCGUCAACCUAGUGCAUCUCCAUGCAUGUGUCUCGACUGAUUUGUAAAAUUCUCUACGGAAAUAUUAAUAGUCAAUUUAUCGAUUAGGUGAAGCUCCGUCGGAUCGAGUGAUCCGGGCGUGUAGUGUUUAAGCACUUGUACGAAUAUUGUAAGUAACGUCGUGUAUUUCGGUGUGCCGGUGCCGCUCGUAAUGUGCCGCGAUCGGUACCGAGCAUCUCUGUAUAAUUGUCCUACCAAGAUUCGUCGUCUUGCGUAUCGUUUCCCGGCAAUAUUUGUGAUAUUACGUUUACCGCGCCCGUUGUCUUCGACGUCCGUUUACGUCUGUUCCUCAUGAGCCUCUGAGAACAUCGAGAAACACAUCGAAAUCUCACUUUAAGCUACGUUCACAUUGCACGUACAUUCGUCCCCAUAUCUCUUCUUUCAUUAUUUUUCUCUGGAUGUUGCCACCCUAUAUGUUGGCCCGAGAUAUUCGUUUAUGUAGAUACGAUAACUUAUAAACCUCUUUUCUUGUGAUUAUUCAAAUUACUUGAUUUGAAGAUCACGGAGGAGAAAAAUGAUAAGUCACAUUUGUUUCUCAUACGAGUAAUUUUAAAAUCCAGUACCUUCUCAACUAAUCACAUAUCUGUAACCUUCUCCUUUUAACCCCCUUUUAACCACUAAAAAGAACUUCAAGAUCAGAAAAUCAACAAAGUUGUACUUGUCGUAUUUUUCUCCUGUACUUUUCGUUUCCAAGUAUCACGAGACUUUCUGCCGAUUCUCAACUAAAUUGCGAUAGAUUGCAACAAGAUUCUAGAUAUUGAUAAAGUAUCGUUUUCAAAUGCUCUAUAUUGUUAAGAUAUCUUCUUAUAAAAUUGUUUCCAACGAUAACAUUCGUAAUGUCAAACAAUCCGAAUUUCUAUUAUCACUUCGAUUAUCCGUAAUCGUUCUUUCAACGACUAAACUUUCCAUUCUAUACUGUCCAAAAUGUAGCUGAGUGUUUGUCAAAGAUCGUUAAUUCGAAUUCGUUGCCUCUUUAUCAACGGAAACAGAUUUUAUCCUUCUCGACAUACCGAGACCGCUACACUUCACGUUUCUCGAUGUCGAUAGGUUCUUUACCAUUGAAUUAUCGUUGUUUCAUUAUCUCACCGUCCUCCUUCGUAGUACACCAUUUCGUUUCUCCGGCCAUUCCUAUCGUCGAUUUUACCCCGCCAAGUAGAUUCUAAGCAGAGACAGUAUUCGACGGACUGGCGUUACAGGAGGACGAACGGUUUAUCGUUGAGUAACUGAUAAUGAGUUGAAUAGCGCGCACAAGCGCGCACGUGUGUGUACAGUGGCAAAAAAGAAAAAAAAAAAAAGAAGAAGAAAAGGAAAAGAAAAGAAAAACGGUUGUCGCGUGAUUUUUGAAAAGAGUAACUCGCGAGAUUAGAACGAUCCUCGAUUUUCUUGGAGAUUGGCUUUGCAAGAAGGAAUUAAUAAGUCCCCUGAUAAUACCAUUACUCUAGGACAUCUCCCUUUAUUUGAUAAACAAAUCCAAUUAGAUGCAAAGCAUUAUCAAACUAUCGGACAUUUUUUUAAAUAAUAGAUACGUUAAAAGAAUAAUAGGAAAUAUUACGUUCGUUUCAACAUAUUGUCGAAAACAUAACGUGUAUGCACAUUCAUUUGUCAACAUCAGGCAGUAGAAACGUGGAUAUAGUAAGAACGUUGUUCAUUAAAGCGAAGACAUUAAUUAUUCUUCAUUACGUAAUUACAUGUAACUGUAAUGGUGUAACAUAAUUUUAAAAAGAUCUAAAUGUUAGUAAAGUCAACUUCCGAGACUCACUUUUACAAUGCGCAAGUUUUCAGCGUCAUUCGACUAUUUGAUACGAAGCGUCUAUCUCCAUUCGCUUGACCUAGGCACCUCGAAAAACUUGCGCGAUACCUAAAAGGACGCAGAACCUUACGAACAGCAAGUCAACGAAAAAUUAUGCAAUUUUUUCGUUCUUAUAAAAAUUUCAUCUCCUUGCUCGUAUUACGAAGCGAAGUAAAAUUUCUAUGUAAAAUAACGCCGAAUACAUACAUUCACUUCGACAAUAUGAAAACAUCUCAUAUUUGCGAUCGAAAUGAAACAAAUGGUACAUCGACGGGCUAGCAAGCUGUGUUUUAUCAUCGUAACAUCUUCGUUAAACUGAAACUCUCGAUACCGUAUAUUCCUUAGUACAUAUUUUUAUAUAACUUUAAAGCGAAAGCAGUUCGUAAGGUGCAAAGGAAAUAUUGUUCAGAGCCCGCUAAUCAUCUGACGUAAAUAUAUAAUAUUUGCAAAACGUGUCAGAUUCGUUGAAGAAAUAUUCGUUACGAUUUCAUUUGCCACUGAUGGAGCGUGUUUAGUUGCGAAACGUACAAAAGAGAGAAGAAGCUGUUGACGCGAGUUUGAGGAAGGAUCGAGUAGAAAGAAGGAAGAAAGAAACGAACGUUGCGACGAAAACGUUCCUUAUCCUCAUUCCAUAAGAUCGUUUUCGUGGUUGGUCGAAAACAAUCUCUAUUUUUAAGAAAUAGAAACUUAAGUAGCUUCGUUUUUAGUAAUUAAUACGAAAUUCUGUAGCCAGCGAAUAUUUAUAAAUCUUUCUGUUUCUAACGUAUAUUUAGAAACGUUCUCUUCGUAUUUUCCGUUUAUUUAUAUUUAUAAAUGACGAUUAGUAACAUAGCCUGAAUUUUGAAUAAUAGCAAUAACGGGUUUCUUAAUACAUUGUAAAUGUUCGAAGCGUGUCACGAGUGACGAGUAAGUGAGUUUAGAAAAAGGAAAUCUGUAAAUUUUGUAGAAUAAUUGUGAAUAUUUAACGUUUCUUUAUGUACGCGGUAAUUACCAACACUUGUGUCAUUUAUAUUUUUAACGUCACGACGUAUAUAUUAAACAAUGCACUGAUCAUAGAAGACGAUUCAUUAUACGAAACGAAUUUAAUUUCAUCGAAUCAGCAUAUCUUUUAUACGAAAGAAAGAGAGAGAGAGAGAGAGAGAAAAAAAAGGAUACUCCUGACUAGACGACAGCGUUCUCAGGAUCGAUUUACUUUUCAAGCAAUAUCGUUUGUAUUAUACACCGGAUUUCAUGUAUUUCGAAAAUGAUAAACUUUACAGCCGUCGAAUUGCUUGAACGACCCAAAUGUCAGCGUCGAUCGAACGAUAUUAAGUUAAGGUACCAUUUGAGGCACACACGGCUCAACUUUUUUACCGAAACCGAGUUAGCACGUGAACAAGACGUCGAGAUGUAUUUAAGAAUAAACGAGAAUGAAAAGAAAAAUAUCGAAAAAGAAAGAGCGAAGCGUACUUAUGUUUGAGAGGAUCUCAAAAUGUUGAGAUCGGAAAAUGACGAAUGUAGGUAUCGAGUUUUCCGAUCGAGGCGAAUAAUCUGUAGAAGAAGAGAAAACGUGAAAGAAUGGCAGCCACGCGAACUCACGUUACAUAUCUGUAAAACUUUUUUCCAAGCACUGCCUAAUCGUGCACAAAGAACCGAAGCAGCUCAUGCCUCGAUCUCAAACUAAUUGAGAUUGAAACGGAACGACGCAAAGAUAAUAUCUACAACGGCACUAGUCCGCUUUGAUCGAAUGCUCAGCGACGACAGAAACUUUUUCUUCCGGGUUCGGAAUUCUUUCUAGCUGUCUUUGUUCGUUUGUCGUCGUCAGAACGCUUUUCAACGAACGCAGUUUGUAUUUGCGAUGGCGAGCGAGUGAGACACGUCUGCGUAUAUCGAAAAACGAAACAUUGCUCACGAGAAUGGGAAUAUUCGGUUGCAUAUGCGUACUUGUUGUAUCUUUUCCUUCCUAUUCGAUAUGAAGUCAACAAUUUGAAUAUCGAUACCGUCUUCUCUUUUUUACAGUAUCUACUUACAAUAACUUUGAAAGUAAUUCUAGUCAAAGAAUUAGAAUAUUUUUAAUUAAUAUAUCCUAACGUUUUUCUUUUAUCGAUAGAUUAAUAAUAUUUCGAUUAAUGUGUUACAUUUUUAUUUCAAAAUUUCCUUCAGAUCCGAGAUAUAUGCUUCUGUCUAUAUAACUUGCUCUUAAUGUUAUAAUUCGUUUAAAGACGAUUUUUCUUCGAUAUUGUAAUAUUUAAUAUAAUCGUGAAUAUUGUAUUAUCCUGAUUUCCUAUUACAAAGGAUUAAAUUAAUGUCGCAUCGCA